UUAUUUUUUGGAGGUUUCUGAAUUUUGCAGCUGCUGCUGCUGCUUGUUGUGGACUUGAAAAGUUCGAGAGAUAUCUAUGAUGGCGAAUCGGGGAAGGUCGUUUUCGCAGACAAUUAAUGUCUCCUCCGAAGUGAUAGGAAAUGGAGGAGACGACCUGAAUAUGGAGUUAUGGAAGUUAUGUGCGGGCCCACUGGUUGACGUUCCUCGAGCUGAAGAUAGAGUCUAUUAUUUUCCUCAAGGACAUAUGGAACAGUUGGAAGCGUUGACAUAUCAGGAAUUGAAUCAGAGGAUUCCGUUGUUUAAUCUUCAACCGAAGAUUCUUUGCCGUGUUGUUCACAUUCAGUUGCUGGCUGAGCAAGAAACAGAUGAAGUUUAUGCACAAAUAACUUUGUUGCCGGAACCAAAUCAACCUGAGCCAACAACUCCUGAUCCAUGCCCUCCGGAGUCUCAAAGAUCCACUGUACACUCAUUCUGCAAGGUUUUAACUGCCUCGGAUACAAGCACCCAUGGAGGGUUUUCUGUUCUUCGCAAACAUGCCACUGAAUGCCUUCCUCCACUGGACAUGAACCAGGCAACACCAACCCAGGAAUUGGUUGCGAAGGAUCUUCAUGGUUAUGAGUGGCGCUUUAAGCAUAUUUUCAGAGGCCAACCAAGGAGGCAUUUGCUCACAACAGGAUGGAGUACAUUUGUUACUUCAAAGAGAUUAGUCGCUGGUGAUUCCUUUGUGUUCCUGAGAGGGGCAAAUGGGGAGCUACAUGUUGGAGUGAGGCGUGUUGCUCGUCAACAGAGCAGCAUGCCAUCAUCAGUGAUUUCAAGUCAGAGCAUGCACUUAGGAGUGCUUGCAACUGCAUCUCAUGCUGUUUCAACGCAAACCCUCUUUGUUGUCCACUAUAAGCCAAGGACGAGUCAGUUCAUCAUCAGAUUGAAUAAAUAUUUAGAGGCUCUUAACAAUAAGUUUACAGUUGGCAUGAGAUUUAGGAUGAGGUUUGAAGGGGAGGAUUCUCCUGAGAGAAGGUUUUCUGGCACAAUUGCUGGGGUUGAAGACUUUUCUCCUCACUGGAAAGAUUCAACAUGGCGAUCAUUGAAGGUACAAUGGGAUGAACCUUCCUCCAUUCCAAGACCUGACAGGGUUUCACCAUGGGAGAUAGAACCCUUCGCUCAACCAAUUCCACCAACUCUGGCUCAACCAGUUGUCACUAAGUAUAAAAGGCCUCGACCACCCAAUGAAAUUCCGGCUCUAGAUUUACCUUCAACAGCAUCUGCUCCUUGGAAUACUGAAGUGACGCAUUCCCCUGAUCUAGCAUGGCGUAACAUUACUCCUGAAGGGAAAAGAAAUGAAAACCAUGUUAUAUGGCAUCACUUGCAAACAGAGAUGAACAGCAGUUGCAGCUCUGUCUCGAAGACUCAGAAUGAAAGAAGCAGGCUAUCUUCUCCUGGCAUGAGUGUUUAUCCACUUAUGUUUCCUGAAGCAAGAGAGGAUAACAAAAGUGUACGUGGUUGGCCUGUUCAUUCAGGCUUUUCAAACCCACAAAUAAACAAUGUUUCAACAUUUGAUCCAAUUGAAAAGGUAAAGAAAUCUGAGACAGCUGCUAGUUGCCGAUUGUUUGGUAUUGAGCUGAUAAACCACUCUGCGAGCUCAACACAUUUGGAGAGGACACCUACACAACUUUCUACUAUGACCACUGGUACAACUGAAGGACAUGGUCUGAGUACCCUGUCACCCAUUGAUUCUGACCAGAAGUCUGACAUUUCAAAAGAUUCUAAAGAGAAGAUGCAGGAACAGUUACAGUUAUCAGCAAAAGAGAUCCAGAGCAGACAAAGUUGUUCUAGUUCUACAAGAAGUUGUACCAAGGUUCAGAUGCAGGGGGUAGCUAUCGGUCGUGCUGUUGACUUGGGCAUGCUGGAAGGGUAUGAUCAGCUUAUAGAUGAACUAGAGAGGCUGUUUCAUAUUAAGGGAGAACUUCGCCCUAGGAAUAAGUGGGAGAUUGUCUACACUGAUGAUGAAGGGGAUAUGAUGCUUGUAGGUGAUGACCCAUGGCUGGAAUUUUGCAACAUGGUAAGAAGAAUAUUUAUCUGUUCAAGUCAGGACGGGAAAAAGAUGAGUACUGGAAGUAAACUUCCCCUGGCUUCUAUUGAAGGUCAAGGGACUGUGAUAAGUUCAUACUCAGCUGAAAACUGAAAUCGGAAUCUUUUAUUUUUCUUUUCCUGAUUUUUAUUACCUGUCGUUUGUUUCUGUUAGAAGCUUUUUGUGUUACUUUUCGGUUGUGAAGGAUGUUAGCUCGUUUUUUAAAGCUGCCUACUAUAGGAGACUAGAAGACAUGACCUGGGUUUGAAGAACCAAGAGUUCUAAAUGAAUUAGUUUGGGUUAGAGGCUAGGAGCAGGAGAAAGUGAAUACUUAAUAACUUUGUGACGGGUUGGGGGUUGUAAUCUUGGUUUUUGUGCUUGUAAUUAUAAAAUGUGCUUUGGCAGUGUAAUGCCGGUAUGUAGUGAGUGAUCUGGUGGUGUAAUCCCGGUAUUAAGUGAGUGAAGGUGUACCUGCUUAGCGCUUAUGGUGCUGCUGCUGUCAUUACCUUCGCUUUUUUGGUUUUCAUUGAUUAAUGGUCAACAGCUCCUUUGCAUUUAUAAACUUCUUUUUCUUUUCUUUAGAAGUAGAAGGAGGUAGCCUGAAUUAGGAUAUGAGGCCUGACAGCACCUCUUAGCUUGGCGAGUAGGCAUUUAGCUCGUUGAGGACUUGAUGUCAACCGGGAAGCCGAGGCAUUCAAGUCCUUUGUAAAUGUAUUAUUUUGCGAAACUUUCAACUUUUCAAUAAAAAUUUGUAACAACGCAAUGUAUGUUUGUCAGAUUUGCAUAGCUCUUUAAUCCUCGUUAUAUGGUUUUUCCUUUUUUUGCCCAAGUCUCGAUGGGGUUUAAAUCUUUACAUUUUCAUUGGUUAUUAGGUGAUUAUCAUUUCAAUUAUUCGAUAAUAGUAAGUCAUAAUAAUCUUAUAAAUUCAACCGA